UCUCUUCUCAUCCCGCCGCCGCUUCCAAAGCUUAUAAGCUGAUGGAUUUGGCAUGAAUUGCUAAAAUUUCACUGGCAAAUUUCCUUCCAAAGGCAGUAAAACUGUAUAACACAUUGGAUAACUUAGCCUCUUGGUUUAUGUUCUGUAUAUGCGGCAUCAUUUCCUAGCUGUUUGUUUUCUUUCUCGAUACAUAGAUAGCCUGUUAAUGCAUACUACUCUGAUAUAAUCUGGAAAAUGCACCAAGCUCAAUUUGCGUGGGGUUAACGACAGAGAUAAUUGUGGGGAAUGGGAGGCUGCUGUUGUUCUUCCAGGAAACCUCUUCUGCAUGGGACACCUGUGUAUUACUAUUAUCCACCAGCUUUGGAAGAGAAUGAGUCUUUAACACCUCACGAAGGAUCAGCCUCUGCAUUGGCUGCAAGGUUCCUGGUUAACUUGCAUUUAGAAGUACCUGACACCUUUAGGCCACCUCCAGCACCUUUGCCAUAUGAUGUGGUCUCGGGAUGUCCGCAAUCAACCGAUUCAGAGCCCUUCAUAGAAACUCUGAGUAGAGGCAGUCUCGAGACUCUGGGAACUUGUGAAGAUCUUGAGGAAUCAGGCUGCAAAACACAGUCUGGUUUGCUUUUUUCACCAAGAAAACCAGAAGUCUCAAAAUUAACCAAAUCUAAGGAAUCAACGACAGAGGAAGAGGAUGCUUGUCCUAUUUGUCUUGAAGAGUAUGACACAGAGAAUCCAAAACUUAUUACAAAAUGUGAACAUCAUUAUCACCUCUCAUGCGUUUUGGAGUGGAUGGAAAGAAGUGACACCUGCCCUAUGUGUGAUCAGGAAAUGAUAUUUGACCAGACUUUUGAUCAAUAACGCCCAGCAUGCUGCAGAUACAUGUUAGUUUUUGGUUCUGCAGCAGGUCAGAUGGUGUGCCUACAAGAUUGAAAAUUACCAAAUUUCUAGUUAUAUAAAAUGAUACAUGUAUUCAGGCUGUCAAAUCUUUUCACCAAUCAUUCAAGUGUAUGACUUCUGAGAGUAAAGAACCAAGUUGACACAAUAUGUUAAAGCAUCACUUUUGCAGUUAAAUAUUCUGUCGUCGGUUUUCAGAUUAGUGGGGAAGAUGGCAUAAACCGUAAGUCACUGGAGGGGAUCAGAUUCGGAUUGGACGAGCCUUAUUAUGUAGAACGGGAAGAUACUUGGCAGCCUGCC